AUGACAACUGCAAUUCCUUUCCCUUUGCGUGAUCCUCAACUGAAGGAGGAAAAACCCAAACAAUUUCAACCCAACCUCAAUGUGAGGUUAAUUUGCCCGGAUUGUAGAAUUGAACCUCCACAUAUUGUUGAGGAAUUCGCAUCUGGUGAUCUUGUUUGUGGUGAUUGUGGUCUAGUCCUUGGUGAUCGUAUUAUCGAUACGAGAUCUGAGUGGAGAACUUUCGCAAAUGACGAAGGCGAUGAUCCUUCUCGUGUAGGUGCUGCGGCAAAUCCAUUAUUAGACGGUAAUCAACUGGAUACAGUAAUUUCGAGAAGAGAUGGUGGUAGUGGCACAGCAAAGGAUUUGAACAAAGUUCAUGGCCGUGCAACUGCUGUUAAAGGCGAACGGAAUCUUGUCCAAGCCUACAAAGAGAUCAGUGCAAUGUGUGAUUCCAUUUCACUGUCUAAGAUUGUCAGUGAUACAGCUAAACAAUUAUAUAAACGAGUGGAAGACGAGAAAUUACUGCGGGGCAAAUCAAGUGAUGCUAUUAUUGCUGCCUGUAUUUUCAUAGCAUGUCGUCAAGAAAAAGUCGGCCGUACCUUUCGAGAAAUAUGCGCUCUUACUCGUGUGCCAAAGAAAGAAAUUGGUCGCUGUUAUAAGUCACUCCAAUCGAAGUUACAAACUAAUACCUCCAUUAUGAAUUCUGAAGAUCUUAUGCUUCGUUUCUGCUCUAAUCUUCAGUUACCAAACUAUGUGCAAAAGGCUGGUAUUGAUUUAGUGAAACGGGCAAAAGAAUUGGGUACGUUAGCAGGGAAGUCGCCUAUUUCAGUUGCUGCUGCUUGCAUCUAUCUCGUAUCUUACCUGUUUCGUCAACCUAAAUCAACUCGUGAUAUUGCCAAUGUUGCUGGUGUCUCUGAAGUGACUAUUAAGAGCGCUUAUAAAUCGCUUUAUGCUGAACGAUAUAACCUGGUUGACCUUGAAGAAUUGAAGAAGACUGAAAAUGGCAAGAAUUUGAGUUUUGAAGAUCUUGCUUUACCGUAA